GAGAAGCGCACAGGAGCGCGCAUGGCACCGAGACGUUUGUAAAUGAAUCAUUUUGAUUGGGCGAGAGCGCGCCUUGGAAACAAGGGCCGUGUGUUGAUGCGCACGGCAGAACGUCCAUUUCGAGGAUGAAUCAGAGGGGAGCAGCAUCAGCAUCUCAAUCGCAUUACGAUCCACAGCAUCAGCAGCUCCGAUUGACUAUCUGAUGUGCACGCCCUGCGAAUAAGGAAAAUAACGAAAUCUGCGCAUGGGAGCUAUCGUUUUCCCUUUCUGGAAGCUCCAUCUUUCUUUGAACGUGGCAAGGAACCAUCUCGGUCCGGGAGGGGGAUGGUGAUAGUGAAGUUCAAAUGGAGAAAGAUGCUGGCAUUUCCCUCUGCAUUUCGGCCAGUAUUGCUAUUUUGUUUUUAAACCGCCGCGCUAAUGGAUUCUUCUGAACGCUGUAUUUGGGAUGGGAGGCGGUGUCGGAACAUGUCGAUGAGAAAAUGCACGAGGAAAUGACCAUCAAGUAACGGUGAUGACUCCAAUGAACAAUAAACUUCCAACUCUAUUGGAUUAUGAUGUUAUUAUGCUGAAGGAUCCCGUUCUGUGACUCUGUAUCGCAGUGAUGCUGAUGGUGGUGUUUUUGUGAAGUGCUAUUUUGCAUCCUCCUCCUCCUCUCUCAUCCGUGUUUCCUAGCUGUGGAGUGUUCAAUCUCUUUCUUUAGACCUGGGACAAUGCAUUGGUGCCCUAUCUUGUAAAACCAUAGUCUUAUAAGGCUAUUAUCAUCCUCGCGCCGUAUGAUGAUUGUAACAGCACAUAUUAUUAUCAGUCGUGUUAUUUGGGCGUUCGGUCGGCCCUGACUGGCACAUACAUACCAUCAGACCGUAAAUAACAAGCCAAAACGGUGUCCAGAGAUUUUAACCAAUUACCUUUGCUUUGGACACUUUCCUCUGAGUCGUCAGGGUAGCAACUGGGUUUCUCGUAAAAUACGUAGAAGUAACAGGCCUAAGAGGAGCGACGGCUGACAACAACAACAAAACAACAUAGAAAAAACAUAUAACAAUAAUAAUUUCUGGUAAACAAUUUUGCAAUUUCACAUAAGCCACACAACACACACAUGUAGUCGAACAUGUUUAAGAACCGGAUACGCAUGUUUUUUAACGAACUGAAGGUGCUGGUUUUCAUGCGAUCCGGUUCUAGACGGCCCGACACUGUCGCAGACCCGAACAGACCAUCCAACACUAUGAGGGGGCUCGGGAUGGGCGGCUGCGGAUGGCCGCCCUUCGUCGACUGCUCCAGCCGCGAUGACGAGGAGGAAUACUACGGGAGCGACCCGAGGCCCAGGAGCCUGGCGUUUGAGGAGAAAGACCCGAAACUGCAAGCGGGCCUCGACGCGGUCAGCCUCGCCAGCAGCACCGCCAGCGGAAUGAGAACCCCCCAGUGUCGGAUCUGCUUCCAAGGGCCUGAGCAGGGGGAGCUCUUGAGUCCGUGCCGCUGCGAUGGUUCUGUCCGCUGUACUCACCAGCCCUGUCUGAUUCGCUGGAUCAGCGAGAGAGGUUCUUGGAGCUGCGAGCUCUGCUACUUCAAGUACCAAGUUCUGGCCAUCAGCACCAAGAAUCCACUGCAGUGGCAGGCUAUUUCCCUGACGGUCAUUGAGAAGGUGCAGAUCGCCGCCAUUAUCCUGGGCUCACUCUUCCUCAUUGCCAGCAUCUCGUGGCUGGUCUGGUCUUCUCUCAGCCCAUCUGCCAAAUGGCAACGGCAGGACCUACUCUUCCAGAUCUGCUACGGCAUGUACGGCUUCAUGGACAUUGUCUGCAUAGGUCUUAUAAUUCAUGAGGGUUCGUCAGUGUAUAGAAUCUUCAAGCGAUGGCAAGCUGUCAAUCAGCAAUGGAAAGUAUUGAACUAUGAAAAGUCAAAGGAUUUAGGAGACCCGCUGAGUUCGAGCAGUAAGGCGGGAAACCGUGGCUCCCGCAGUAACCCGCACGGGCUGGCCAGCGGCAGCAGGGGAGGUCAGCGCGUGCGCAGGUUUAGAACUAUCCUCAACCACCACUGCGGCUACACCAUCCUCCACAUCCUGAGCCAGCUGAGACCCAGUGACCCGAGGCUCGGAACCCCCACCAAUCGCGAGGUGGUGAUGCGGGUCACGACUGUAUGAGACUGGAUAUGGCACGAGAUCAGAGACGCAAAUGUGUCGCAAAUGUGUCAAGCGUCUUUCCCGCAAAGACAGAGAUGACAGAGAUUGCCGAACAUUUCAGGGAGUAACGGACGUUUCCGAUUUUACAUGGAUAUGUCUCGCUCCGGCUUUUAAAACAGACAUGCACAAUGGAGCGAAACAUGUAAAACGAUGACAUCAUAACGCGAUGUAUUCCCGACUCGGCGAGACUCUCUCAUGAGGUAACACACUCGCAUUUUUAGUUCGACUUCCUCGCUGGUGUUGUUUUUUAUGAAUACGAUUUUUAAAACGUUUUGAUUUUCUAAUGGACGGCGGAACGUUGAGCGACAUUGACGUGUAUGGUGACUCGUAUGGACCUAUCGUAUGUAAAUGAUGUUUACGGAUGCUUUUGACGCGACAAGAAAGCCAACCAUAACCAAACGAUCACUGCACACGCGGAAACGAGAUAUUAAUUGUUACAUAAUAAAAUGUUAUCAGAGGGAAGGGUGCAAUAACACCUAAUAAGAUUAUACACUCAGAAUAAAAUACGUAAACGUUUAAAAGAAUUUGAUUUUACCUGCAAUAAAGAAACCUGUACAUUUUACAGUGAACUUUGCAUGAGGGUAGAGUUUUAUGCCUCUUCGACACAUGGACAUGAUGAAUUUGUUUUAUUCAGAAUGGUGCUCGUUUGAAUAAACACUACUAUUCAUCCCCUGUUUGUGAAAUGCAUCCUCGCGCAAAAGUCUUUUGUAUGUUUGUGUGUCAACACAUUUCCAAAAACACUAAAGACACAGCUAGCGCAUGUUUUGUGCGCAUGCGUCAGAUAACAUAUAUUUACAUACUUUGCUUUAUUUUAAAUGUGAACGACAUAAUUUGAAGCCACAGAAUCAUAAUUUUAUGAGAAUACCGAACCCGUCUGUAUUUUAGAGGAUUCAUAACAGUUGAAAACACAAAAUCAAUUAUUCUCUUCUGUUAUUCUGUCUGUUAUAUCAAGACGUGAUGCUGCUCCAUUUAUAGGCA